AUGUCUUUUGAUGGACUAGUUGUUAGAAUUCGUAGCAGCAUUGGUGUCAGUCGAAUCUCCCUGUCCAAAGACGCGACUUUCGGCGACUUAAAGGUCGAAUUGAACAGGAGAUUCAAGGUAAAUGAGGGUACAAUUGUCAAAUUGUAUACAGAAGAUGGACAAACUGAGGUUUUUGGACCAGAUUCCGCUCCGCUAACCCAGCUGGGAAUUUCUCACGGAACCAGCCUAUUUUUGGAACAUGCGAGUGAUUACAAUGACCAGGAACCGUCCAUAAGCUACAAGAGCGUCGAAAAGGUCGAGGUGAAGGAAGAUAAGGAAGAACCAGGUAAGGUGGUUUUGUGGAUUUUUGGUGAAUAUCCGAUUGGCACUGUAAGUGGCAAGAGGAUAUGA